AUGGGAUUUAUCGGCGCGCACGGCGUGGAGACGCUGAAGCGGUACAGGUACAGCGGGGAGGACCGCUCGGUGGUGGCCAAGUACGUGCUCCAGCCCUUCUGGAGCCGAUGCGUCACCCUCUUCCCGCUCUGGAUGCCACCAAACAUGAUCACACUCACAGGAUUUUCGUUUCUAGUUCUAUCAGCGCUGCUUGGCUAUGUAUAUUCGCCUCGCCUUGACACUGCUCCCCCUAGGUGGGUCCAUCUUGCCCAUGGAUUACUCCUCUUCUUGUACCAGACUUUUGAUGCUGUUGAUGGUAAACAAGCGAGGCGUACUAGCUCAUCAAGUCCUCUUGGAGAACUUUUUGAUCAUGGAUGUGAUGCACUUGCCUGUGCUUUUGAAGCUUUGGCCCUUGGAAGCACCUUGAUGUGUGGAGAAUGGACAUUCUGGUUCUGGGUGGUUGCUGCUGUCCCGUUCUAUCUUGCAACCUGGGAACACUUCUUUACAAACACACUCAUUCUUCCUACAAUAAAUGGACCAACGGAGGGCCUGAUGCUGAUCUAUGUAUCCCAUUUGUUUACAUUUCUUACUGGCGCUGAAUGGUGGGCACAGGAUUUUCGGAAAUCACUACCCUUUUUGGGUUGGAUUCCACUUCCAUUUCUUUCCGAAAUCGAAAUCCCCUUGUAUGUUCUUGUGCUGAUUCUUAUGAUUGUAUGUGCUGUUAUACCUACUGUUAGAUCCAAUGUCAGCAAUGUCGAAGAGGUAGUUGAGACGCGAAAAGGAAGCAUGGCAUUAGCAUUAGCCAUGAUCCUCCCUUUUAUUGCACUGUUAGCUGGAGUUGCUAUCUGGUCUUAUCUUUCUCCUUCAAGUAUAAUGAGGAACCAACCACAUUUGCUCGUAAUUGGAACUGGCUUUAAUUUUGGAUAUUUGGUGGGAAGAAUGAUACUUGCUCAUUUGUGUGACGAGCCCAAAGGUCUAAAAUCUGGGAUGUUCAUGUCUCUGGUGUUUCUUUGUUUUCCGAUUGCAAAUGCUCUCAUUGCAAAGAUCAACGAUGGGAGUCCUUUAGUUGAUGAGCUUGUGCUGCUGCUUCUUUAUUGUGCAUAUACAGUGGGUCUUUACCUACACCUUGCCGUUUCGGUUGUGCAUGAAAUCAAGGAUGCUCUUGGAAUCUAUUGCUUCAGGGUAACUAGGAAGGAGGCUUGA